UACAAUGAGUUUGCCCAAUUUACCACGAGUUUUAGUAACCAGUAAUGCAACACCAGCAGCAGGCAUCAAAUUGCUUCAAACAAAAUGCAAUGUCACUAUUAUACCAGCUGCAGUAAGCACUCGAGAACAACUAUUGCAAGCUCUUCCUGGACAAGAUGCUGUACUUCUUACUAAUCAUCACUUUAUUAGUAACGAGAUCCUUGAUAUCGCUGGUCCGAACUUAAAAGUUGUGUCGACAAUGACGGCCGGUUAUGAUCAUUUGGAUGUCUCGGAAAUUAAAAGGAGAGGGAUCAAGAUUGGUCACACACCGAUAGUGAUGUCCGCUGCAGUCGCGGAAAUGGCCGUGCUCUUAAUGUUAUCUGCAGCAAGACGCAUCCGCGAGGGUCGCUUGAAACGGGAAUAUGGUGAGACAGAUUACGGGCCACAGUGGUUGCUGGGACAGGAUUUACGCGGCUCUACAGUUGGCAUCUUUGGUUUGGGAAAUAUUGGUCAAGCUAUCGUUAAGAGAUUAAUGGGAUUUGAAGUAGGACGUUUUUAUCUAUACAGACAUUCUCGCAAGAAAGCAGGUGCUGAGCUCGGGGCGAUGUUCGUAUCUCUAGACGACCUUCUGGAGCAAAGUGAUUUCCUGGUGGUUGCGGCUCCUCUGAACAACAAGACCAAAGGACUUUUCAAUGACAGUGCUUUUGAUAAAAUGAAGAAAACAGCUAUCUUAGUAAACAUAGCUCGUGGACAAAUUGUUAAUAUCGAUUCACUUGUAAGAGCUCUUCGUGAAAAAAAGAUAUUUGCUGCUGGAUUAGACGUUACUGAUCCAGAACCGCUACCACUAGAUCACGAACUUUUAAAAUUAUCUAAUGCCGUAAUUGUGCCACAUUUAGGUAGUGCGACGAUAAAGACUCGUAAUGACAUGUCAAUAACGGCAGCAUUGAACAUUCUCAAUGGUCUUGAAGGCAAACCAUUGAUUUAUCCCUUAUAAUAAAUAAUUUAUAAUUGUUUUGUAAGAAUAUAAAUACAUUUUCACGAAAUUAACUUAAAAAUACAUUUA